ACAAUGCAUUAAACAAUACAUUAAGGUUUACAAUAAUAAACAACUGAAACAAUGGAAAGGGUAGUUUGCUAAAUUACAGCUACUCAGCACAGAGAUCCUCAGCCUCACUUUGCUCACUCUCACUGUCCUCACUUUCACUUUCGUUUUUGGCGGCAUUUUGUCUAGUCCGCGAAUUUAAGACGACCCCCCUUUUUAAGAGCUAUUUUUUACAACAAAAACACCGUCUUAUAUUCGAGCCAAUACGUAUAUAUAUUAGUUAUUAUGCCUUCGCGUUGUGUUGCCGGCUUUUGCUCCAAAACCUACAAGUUUAUUCAAGUUUCUCAGAGAUCCCGAGCUGCAUGCGAAGUGGGUGAAGCAAGUCAGGCGCACUCGUGACAAGUGGGAGCCCUCACCAACAUCCGUCCUGUGCUCUGAACACUUCGAUUUGGAUUGUUUUGACACCCUUCCCAGCUUAAAAGAAUCUCUUGGGUGUUCAGUUCAGCACAAACGUGUGUUACUACCAUCAGCAGUGCCUACACAGUGUUGCCAGAUUGGGAUUUUUCCCGCCCAAAAUAUGUUCAAAACCCACCAAAAUGCACUUGAAACCGCUCAACUGGGCGGUAAAAAUCCCAAUCUGGCAACACUGCCAGUAUUCUGCCAGUAUUCCGGAGGGGGUCUACUAGUAGCUAUGCCGGAUCCAAAGACAGUCCUCCUGUCAGAACAUGUGUUAUGAAACGACAUAAGAUAAAGAGUAAACCUGAUCAUCAAACACAAUGGGAGACUGGAGUUUUCUCUCCACAUUACUGGAUAAGGUGCUGGUCCAUUCUACUGUCAUUGGCAAGAUCAGGAUGAGCAUCCUCUUCAUCUUCAGCACCUUGAUCUUCAGGAUCCUCGUUCUGGGCGCAGAAGUCGAGAAUGUGUGGGGAGAUGAGCAAUCCGAUUUAGUUUGCAACACAUUCACACCGGGUUGUGAAAACGUCUGCUACAACUGGAAGUUCCCCAUCUCCCAUGUCUGCUUUUGGGUCCUGCAGAUCAACUUCAUGUCCACUCCAACCCUGUUGUAUCUCGGCCAUGCUAUCCACACCAUCCACCAGAAGAACAAGCUGAGAGAAAAGCUCAAAUGCAACCAGUCAGUCAUGACACCAAAAUACACAAAUGAAAAUGGAAAAGUCCAAAUCAAAGGCAGGUUGUUGUGUAGCUACUUGACUCAGCUGUUUUUCAAAAUAGUCCUGGAAGCUGCUUUUAUCGUUGGACAGUAUUACCUGUACAACUUUGUAAUGAUACCCGAAUUCCACUGUAAAAAGUUCCCUUGCCCAAUCACACAGUGCUUCAUGUCCAGAUCCACAGAGAAGACCAUUUUUAAUAUCAUGUUUGCUGUUGCAUGUGUUUCCCUGGCACUGAACAUGCUAGAAGUGUGCUAUUUGCUUUGCUGUAGAGUAAGAAAAUGGCCAAAAUAUGAAGGAGAGGAGCUCUACAAUACAAAAGCCAAUAGUCCAUUGCCAUUAGGUGCAAUAAGCCAGGAAACUGCAGAGAGCAUUAAGCAGAAUGGUAUGAAUGGAGUCAUGGAGAACCAUUGGGCAAAUAGGAGCCAUAGCACUCCUGAAGAAAUGCAACUGUAA